CGACUCAGAUUAAGUCUGAGGCUGGUAACAUCAACAGUGAGGACAAACCCAGCCUGCCUCUCUCCAUCCACACUGAGUCCAAACCUACAGUCACUGGGUCCUGAUUGUGUCAGUGGAGCCCAGUUUGCACUGCAGCAUCCAGAGAUGACAUCAGUGAAGCUGGAAGACUGCAGUCAAACACUGGAGCUGAAUGUCAACAUUAAAGAUGAAGAAGAGGAGGAGAAGAUUGGGGGAUCUGUUAGUUAUGGUAUGAGGCCGGUAACAUCAACAGUGAGGACAAACCCAGCCUGCCUCUCUUCCACACUGAGUCCAAACCUACAGUCACUGGGUCCUGAUUGUGACACUGGAGGCCAGUUUCUACAGCAGGAUCCAGAGAUGACAUCAGUGAAGCUGGAAGACUGCAGUCAAACACUGGAGCUGAAUGUCAACAUUAAAGAUGAAGAAGAGGAGGAGAAGAUUGGUAAAUCUGUUUCUCAUGGACGACUAGAAUUAAGUCUGAGGCCGGUAACAUCAAUAGUGAGGACAAACCCAGCCUGCCUCUCUCCUUCUACACUGAGUCCAAACCCACAGUCACUGGGUCCUGAUUGUGACAGUGGAGCCCAGUUUGCACUGCAGGAUCCAGAGAUGACAUCAGUGAAGCUGGAAGACUGCAGUCAAACACUGGAGCUGAAUGUCAACAAUAAAGAUGAAGAAGAGGAGGAGAAGAUUGGGAAAUCUGUUAAUCAUGGAGACCAUGUUGAGACAUUCUCUACAUCUAGAGAGCAACAGCAGGAAGAUCAGAGAGCUAAGAGGUCUCACCACUGCCCCACAUU